AUUCUCCCUCAGAAGCAAAUUAAGAACCAAAACAUAAAGAAGCAGAAACACAAUCAGUGAAAAAACAGAAUCUCAAUAAAAGCCCAAACGCAUCGAAGCGAAGCCAAACAAAAUCAGAUGCAGAAUCGCUCAUAGAAACAGAAAUUCCUCCAAAAUGGGUUUCCGGUUCCCAAAUCUCAUCUAUCACUACAGAACCUACGCUUCCAGACUCUCUCCAACCACAGCCAGAAAUUCCCCAUUCCCAUUCCUUCUCCCAAUCGACUCUCACUACGAUUCCUUGCUUUCUCCAAACCAAAAUCACUCUAAAACCAGCAGGAGAUGGCAUGUGGGCCAUUCACAUCAUGAUCAUGCCGGAAAGGAGGCUGAUUACGUCUUUCGAUUGGGCCUUGCGGCCGACAUCGCAUUGGCUACUGGGAAAGCUCUUACUGGGUACUUGUCUGGAAGCACUGCGAUCAUCGCCGAUGCUGCUCAUUCUGUUUCUGAUAUUGUCCUUAGUGGCGUUGCUUUAUGGUCAUUUAGAGUUGCAAGGGCUCCUAAGGACAAAGAACACCCAUAUGGGCAUGGUAAGUUUGAGACUCUAGGAGCUCUUGGAAUUUCUGGUAUGCUUUUGGCGACUGCGGGUGGUAUUGCAUGGCAUGCUGUAGAUGUUUUGCAGGGUGUGCUGGCAAGUCCGGAUAUUCUUGAUCAUUCGUUGGUUCAUGGGCAUAUGCAUAACCAUAAUAAUGGCGGCCACCAUCAUGGGAUUGACAUGGAUCACCCUGUGCUGGCGUUGAAUAUGACAAUCAUAUCAAUUUGUGUCAAAGAAGGGCUUUAUUGGAUUACAAAAAGAGCUGGGGAGAAGGUAGGGAGUGGACUAAUGAAAGCAAAUGCAUGGCAUCAUCGUGCAGAUGCAGUGUCAUCUGUAGUUGCUCUCAUCGGAGUUGGUGGUGCUAUUCUUGGAGUACAAUUUCUUGACCCCCUUGCAGGACUUGUUGUCUCAGGCAUGAUUCUGAAAGCUGGUGUUGAAACUGGGUACCAGAGUGUCAUGGAACUGGUGGAUGCUGCUGUCCCACAACAUCUUUUAGCUACCAUUAAACAAACAAUACUCCAAGUUGAAGGUGUCAAGGGAUGCCAUCGCUUGAGGGGAAGAAGAGCCGGAUCAUCUCUGUAUCUUGAUGUACACAUUGAGGUAGAUCCAUUUUCAAGUGUCAGUGUAGCACAUGCCAUUGGUGAACAUGUCCGUCACCAAAUUCAGAAGUCCCAUACAGAAGUUGCAGAAGUCUUCAUACAUAUUGAGAGCUACAGAAGUGUCAGAGACUCACCCCUCUUUGGAGAUCCUGCUCUCUCACAAUGUUCCCCAACUAUAUCAGACCAGAAGAAUUUGAAUGGAGCAGCCUUCCAAAUUUCGAAUAUUUUCCCAAAGCAAGAAGAUGCUGAAGGCAUCAUUUCCAGUAUUUUUUCAUCGAAAUUCUCGGAGAAAAUGAAAGUUGAGCACAUAACACGCCACUUAUUACAAGGGAAGAUUCUGCUCGAAGUUCAGGUGUCCAUGCCUCCAUGCAUGUUGAUCCGGGAUGCUAUGAAGGUGGCUAAAGAAGUGGAAAAUGAGAUUUUGAAGGUUGCUCCUAAUGUAAAUGGUGUGAGUAUCCAGUUAAGGCUGGGCCAUCCAAUCCCGCAGCUACAUGACUUGGUAGAAGGUAAUGUAACGGGAAGCCAGAAUACUGAGUAACCAGCCUGUUUUGAAUUCUUUGUUGGAAUUAUGAUAAUGUUGUGAUGCCGGGGUCCAUUAAAGGCUUUUUUUUUUU